GCAAUGACUCGAAGUGGCGACGAUUCGGGGCGCAGUGAGGCUGCAGGAAACUGGGCAACAGGUCCAUUGCGAGACAUUGUCAAGCUGACCGCAUAAAAUAUUCGGUAUUCUUGAAAGUCAUGGAUUCCGUUGUUUUGGACGGCAAUGCGAAUGGCCAUCAUCAUUCAUCCUUUGUCUAUCCUCAUUUCACCCAGAUGGCAGUUUCUUCAUCGCGGGUUUCUGUGCCUGCCGCAGGUCCUCGAUCAUUCAAAACAAAUGUACCUGAUACCAGUUCGAUUGCGCAAAAUGGGAAGAAAAGAACAUGGAAAUGCUGCCAACCGGAAGAAACGGGAACACCAGCCCCGAGUCUUUACAGUAGGGGCCAGGACCUCUUUCUUAGUCAUUAUUCCAAGACUUGGCUCUAGGGUUCGAAGAGCCCGGAAAGGAAGUGUCUCUUUUUGUACUUGUUUACCCACCAAGUCAGCCAUCAGGUCACACAAUCAAGUCGACACUUUUUCCUUUCGUUUCUCAUGUGCAACACUACUCAACCUCCGAGAUAGACCACCCGCCCAAUCCCUGUCCAGCGCAAAUCGUCGAUUAACCCUUGCCCGGCUACCUACAGCACCGCACAAAGACCAAACUUGGGGCAUCGUCCAUCAGCCGUUGUUCCUGAAGAGGCUCCGACAACCCGCUCCUACCCUAUUCCUUCACUACUCGUCUGAUUGGCACCAUUGCGAUUUGACUUCCAGUAUUUCGCAUUUCAGCUCGAACUCAGCCACCUUCCAAGCACGACCUUGCUUACCUACUCUGUCGCAACAAGGCCAUCAACAUCUUCACCUUUGGACAGAAUCAGGGCGCCUUUAUUAUCCACAGACGACACAUAGAUUAUCCACCUUAGUUUACGAACACGAGGGUCCCUCAACACCAACGCAAGCACAGCCAUCGCAUCCGUUCCGCUCCCGGAUCGAUUCAUAGCUCUGCCGACAGAAAGCUGCGACGUUCCUGUUGCACAAGCGACCCUACCACGAUCAGCAAUCUUGUCCCGCUCUCAAAUAUUGUGUUGCGCACGUCCCUCGUCGUCAUAUCUCCGGAGCAUCCCUCUGCACCAAAGUUGACCUCUACACACUUUUACACGGUCUCAUGGCUGGUCUCAUGAUACAAUUCUAGCUGGCUUCUUGCCCAACCCUGUCUUUGCGCAAUCCUGCCUUUUACAAAUUUAUUGGGUUGGACCACGUCAACUUCCUUGCGGUAUCCAGCUUCACCGGCUCGUUCUGUUGC